CCAAUUCCAACCACGUUUGAAGAAAGAAUCACCAAUCACAUACUCCCCACCAUCCACACUUUUCCCACUCCCCUCAACACUCCAUCACUAUUUAUCUCUCUAGAAAGAGCACAUUUUUGCACAGUUUCAGGCACUCAUUUAUUCAAGUUUGGAUCUUGAGCAGAGUGUUGGUGCAGAGCAGCUGAAAUAUGAAGUGGGUUGGGAGGGUUUGGAUGGCGGUGUUGUGGAGUGUGGUGAUCCUGUGUGGUGCAUUGGGGAAGGAAGAGGAUUACGUCAAGUACAAGGACCCUAAACAGCCUGUUGGGGCGAGAGUUGAAGAUCUUCUUGGCAGGAUGACUUUGGAGGAAAAGAUUGGACAGAUGGUUCAGAUUGAGAGGCUUUCUGCCACUCCUGAUAUCAUGAAGGACUACAAGAUUGGUAGCCUGUUAAGUGGUGGUGGAAGUGUGCCUCUUCCGCAAGCUACUGCUGCUGACUGGGUUAACAUGAUAAAUAACUUCCAGAAGGGGUCUUUAUCAUCACGUCUCGGGAUUCCUAUGAUCUAUGGAAUCGAUGCUGUUCAUGGGCACAAUAAUGUCUAUAACGCCACCAUCUUUCCUCAUAACGUUGGCCUUGGAGCCACUAGGGAUCCUGACCUUCUGCGGAGAAUUGGUGAUGCAACUGCUCUUGAGAUCAGAGCUACCGGAAUUCCUUAUACAUUUGCUCCUUGCAUUGCAGUCUGCAGGGACCCCAGGUGGGGAAGAUGCUAUGAGAGUUACAGUGAGGAUCCCAAGGUAGUCCAAGAGAUGACAGAGAUUAUACCCGGGCUACAAGGUGAAAUUCCAAAUGGCUUGAGGAAGGGUGUCCCACAUGUUAUCGGAAAGAACAAGGUAGCAGCUUGUGCGAAACACUUUGUUGGCGAUGGCGGGACGACAAAGGGCAUUAACGAAAACAACACAGUGAUUGACAUGCAUGGCUUGCUUAGCAUUCACAUGCCUGCCUAUUCUGACUCUAUCAUUAAGGGUGUCUCGACAGUCAUGGUUUCUUACUCCAGCUGGAAUGACAAAAAGAUGCACGCGAAUCAUGAGUUGAUCACUGGAUUUCUAAAGGGUACCCUCAAGUUCAAGGGCUUCGUUAUCUCAGAUUGGCAGGGCAUUGACCGGAUCACUUCUCCAUCACAUUCCAACUAUACAUAUUCUGUGCUAGCUGGUGUUCAAGCUGGAAUUGACAUGAUUAUGUUGCCAUUUAACCACACUGAGUUUAUUGACGACCUCACUUAUUUGGUCAAGAACAAGUUUAUCGCGAUGGAUCGUAUUGAUGAUGCCGUCUCGAGAAUCUUGCUCAUCAAGUUCAACUUGGGUCUCUUCGAAAGUCCUCUUGCUGAUCUCAGUCUGGUGAAUGAACUUGGGAGCCAGGCACACAGAGAUUUGGCGAGGGAAGCUGUGAGGAAGUCACUUGUUCUGCUGAAAAAUGGGAAAAGUGCAAAUGAAUCACUGCUUCCGUUGCCAAAGAAAGCAUCCAAAAUUCUAGUCGCUGGCAGUCAUGCCGACAACUUGGGUUACCAGUGUGGUGGAUGGACAAUAGGUUGGCAGGGAUUUAGCGGAAACAACGGGACAAGAGGGACCACGAUUCUGGGUGCUAUUAACGCCACUGUUGAUAAGGACACAGAAGUUGUAUACCUUGAGAACCCCGAUAGCGAAUAUCUCAAAUCCAACCACUUUGAUUACGCUAUAGUGGCUGUUGGGGAGCAUCCUUACACCGAGACUGCAGGGGACAGCGACACUCUCACCAUGGCAGACCCUGGACCUGAUACGAUAAAAAAUGUCUGUGGAGCUGUCAAGUGCGUGGUCAUCAUCAUAUCCGGCCGACCAAUUGUGAUGGAACCAUACCUUUCAGGCAUUGAUGCUCUUGUCGCAGCCUGGUUGCCUGGAAGUGAAGGCCAGGGAGUGGCUGAUGUGCUAUUUGGGGACUAUGGUUUCACGGGACAACUUCCCAGGACUUGGUUCCGAACUGUAGAUCAACUCCCAAUGAGCGUAGGGGAUUCUCAUUAUGACCCACUUUUCCCUUUUGGAUUUGGGCUCACAACCAAGUCCGUGGUAACAAGGUCAGUAUCAGCUGGUGUUGACAGAAGGCCUUAUGGAGCCGUGGCCGUCAUUUUUCUACUUGUUGGUCUUUAUUUUCAAGGUAAAUUUUUAGCUUGAGAAGCACCGUCGUUGCAGGAUAGAACAGUCGAACUAGAUAGAAGAACGUUUGAUGUAGGAGUAGGGAUGACAUUAUAUGCAUACACGACGAAUAGCUGUAUGUUCUUGGCUUACCUAGAUCAGUAUAUGUGAUAAAGUGCAGACAUUCAUCAACAGUUGAGACAGAAUAAUAACACAUGUAAUGUAACAUGUGUUCCUAUAUAGAGUCAGCUAAAUUAGGCAUAAGUAGACUUUUAAAAUGUUUCACGAGAUAA